AGGCUGAACAGAACAGAAGUGUAAGCAGUCAGAAGACGAUGAGCAGAAAAAACAUCUCACUGACAGAAGACAACAUGUCCACACAAAGACAGACAUUCCUAAGGAAGGUUCCCACCUUCACAGUGACAGUGCUGCUUCUGCUGGCCACAACAGGAAAGUCUGAGGUGUUGAGUGACGCCAUGCUGACCACUGUGUCGCCCUCUUUCUUAAAUUCGUCUCUGACCGCCCAGACAGUCAACAGCACCACGGACCAAAGUAAGGUCCAGCUUUCAGUCAGGCCAUGUGGAGAUGAAAAUCAAAAAUACUGUUUAAACGACGGCAAGUGCAUCUACCCCCAAGACAGCCUCCGACCUUCCUGCAUCUGCAUGCCUUCGCACAGCGGGCCACGCUGCGAGAUCUUCACCGAUUUGACUUACCGACCAUUGACCGUGGACAAGGUCAUUCCCAUCUUUUUUGGGUGUGUCAUGAUCUCCAUCAUUCUGGGUCUUGUCGUCUGCUGCUUUAUCAAAAGGAGAUGCAUAAAAUCAGCACCUCUGAUAAAAGCCGCUGCAUCAGAGACUUCGGUGUGACAUCAUCAACUCCUCUUUACAGUGUUUCUGCACGACUUGAACUGGAUCUUAGUUUAUAACUUAAAGCCAAGUUUUAAGUGUUUUUUUUUUAACUCGAGAUACACAUUUUAAAAAAAUAACACUUUGCAAUGUGAAUGCUGAAUUUUGUUAUGAACAGUUCAGUGAUAGUUCUUUCCUUGAAAGAAAUGAGGAAAAAUAUGUUAUUUAUUGUAAUUUUAUUUUGAUUAAAUUAUUUGCCUUCUU